UCCUGUUCGCCACUCUGUGCCACAGUUUGCGUCGUCCAAACCACAUCGGGCUGUCGUAGAAGAGGAAUUAAACGUAGGCGCCUCGUCAAGAACAUCAUCAGGAUGCUGGAGAGGUGAACGUGAAAGAUGAUUGAGUGGAGUGUGGAGUAAAAAUCGGGAGCGACUUUUGGGCGGUGCGGAGCGGCGGGCGAGGGCCGUUGUUUAUCGGUUGGAGGGGCGCCGGCUGGAAUGGCGACCCGCCCGUUCACUGCGCCACCGGCGUGACUCAGAGAAAGCCACUCGCCAGUCUUUGGACAGACGGUGUCAGGUACGGACGAACGGUUUCGGCGCCUGUCCGCUCUGCGUCGCGUUUUCGGCCCCGAUUCCAGGUGAAAACCGUCCCAAAUGUGCGUGAAUUUAUGGCGGCGCGAGUGCUUUUCAUCGGCAUUGCGUGUACUGUCGGAUUAAUAGCUGGCGAAACGAUCGGUUUGGAGUUGGGGAUUGAGGAGGGCGGUGAGGGCGAGGUGGUGGGCGUGAAGAAUCACGCGCUGCACCUCCCCUGCCGUCCUACGAGCCCGGCUUCAGUGAUAUGGACCCACGACGGCCAACAGGUGUACAACGACUCAAGGAGGUUCACGGCCGAAAACGGAUCUCUCAUUAUUACCAAGGUCGUACACAAGAGAAAAGGAGAAAGCGAUCGAGGCGUUUACCAAUGCACAGUGAGAAACAAUUUCGGAGCCAUCAUUUCCUCGCCGAUCAAAGUCAUUAUUGCCGCGUUGGCACACGAAUUCAGCGAAAACCCAGCUAAUACUACCAUAAAAGAAGGGGAAGUGCUGAAGCUUACAUGUUCCAUAGAAUCGUCACCGCCAGCUAAAAUCACUUGGCUGAGAGAUGACAAACCACUACCUCAAAACAGAAGAUUUAUUUUACUAGACUCAGGAAGCUUGUACAUAGCGAAUAUAAAAAAAGAUGACAGUGGCUUGUAUAGAUGCCAAGCGACAAAUGCAUAUAUAAAAAAGAGCAGGGUCAGCACUGGUGCAGAAGUGGUCGUCGACUCCUUCGGAAACAGCGGCCCUCAUCCAGUAAAGUUCCUCAAUUCUUCUCCGCCAAACAAUCUCACACUUCGCGAAGGCACCAAGACUUCAAUAGUGUGCGCGGUGUCUGGUACGCCCAGGCCUAACCUCAAAUGGAUCAAGACGAAAGGAUUUAACUCAACCCGUGAAAACGGCCUAAACGGCAACUUAAUCACUUCCAACAAUGGGCUGAUAGUUCUACAGAUAGAUAAAGUCACCGCGGAGCAUGCCGGGUCAUACUCCUGCGUAGCGAGUCACAAAUUUAAAGACAAAACUGCAGUUUAUAAGAAAGUGGUCAAUGUAGUAAUUCAGACUGCACCUACAAUAGUGGAAGCACCAAAAUCUCAAAUGUAUCCAGCAGCCAAAACAGUAAGAAUAGAGUGCGAAGUAAGAGGUCUUCCUAAUCCAAAAGUGAUUUGGUAUAAAAAUGGAAAGGAGCUGAAUAUAAACGGUCGAAUCAAGCAAAAUUCGAAGGAGUUGGUCCUGGGAGGUACUGUAUCACAGGAUACCGGGAUAUACCAGUGCUUUGCGACCUCACCGGCCGGGGUUGCUUGGCGUGCCGGAAGGCUCGUUGUGAACACUUCUUCAGACCAGCCGAACCCGCCGACAAAUCUGACUUGCAUGACGAUUUCGCCGACGCAGGUCAAUUUGUCCUGGGCUCAGGAGCAACAGACAGAUUUUAAAGCUUUCACAGUUCAUUACUUUCCCACAGAAGGAGGAGACGAGUUGAAAGAAGUAGCAAAAAAUGAGACAUUCAUCGUUAGCAAACUCCAGCCUUUUACCAACUACACAUUUUACGUUCGCUCUUACGGAAAAGCAGCCAGUGAAUUGAGUGGAUCUGUCUUUUGUAAAACAGGAGAAGCCAUGCCUACUGGAGGUCCGAAAGUUGUGGCUAGUGUCACUCCUUAUUGCAUCCAUGUCACCUGGUCACCACCUCCUAGCUCAGAGGCUAGGGGUAGCAUCACAGAAUACAAGAUUCAGUGGAAGAGGGCGAACCAGUCCUCCACCAAUUUUGAAAAAGUUCCUGGAACAAUUAAACAGUAUACCAUUCGAGAUGUAAUACAAAACCAAGAGUAUAUGGUGAGAGUGAUAGGAGCGACAUCGCUAGGUUGGCCUGACCUAUCUGAAGACCAAGCUCCUUGGAUAAGAAUCAAAAUUCCAAAACACAGCAGCAACCCAUUCCCUCCUCCAACCAUGCGCUUAAUAGCGGUGAACGAUACAACGAUUCAUGUGGAAUGGACGUAUCCAGAAGGAAUAGACAUUGACGGUUUCAAAUUGUAUUACGGGCAGCUUAACAGUACAGAUCGAACAUUACUAGUGCUUAAGAAAAAUGUCACUGAUUUUCACAUAACCCAUCUAGAUCCUUCCACUUGGUACGAAGUUGAAGUGAAGGCGUUUUCUGGAGAUGUUGAAGGGGAAAGCUGCGUCGAGAGCAAGUCGACUCGGGAGAAGGUCCUUUUUGCGCCUUCUUUGCCGAUGCCGAUUUCGCUCGAGGCGACGUCCCCGUCUCCUCACUCGAUCAACAUCUCCUGGUCUUUGCCUUCCCAUCAUCACUCUUGGAACAUCACCCAUUACACUGUCUUGUACAACCUCCUCUACGCCCCUACUCACAACUUUACGGGGAAGACUGUUCAAACAUCAAACACGAGUGUUCAAAUUACGGGUUUAGCGGCAAACACUCUGUACGAGUUUUCAGUCAGAGCUCAUGGGUACAACAACCAGGUCAGUGCUGUGAGCAGUAAAAUCGAGUGCAAGACAUUGCAAGAAGUAUUAGAUGUUGUUGAAAACAUCAAAUGGAGGAUUCUUAAUUCGACGAGCAUCCAAGUGUCAUGGAAGGGCAUAAAAUCAGCGUCCUAUUACUCAAUAUUCUACUCGCUCGAUCCGUCUGCACCUUUGAACCUUUGGCAUCAGGAGAACAUUUACAAAAAUCAGACAUCUGCCGAGCUGACCGGACUUAAGAGCAACCACGAAUAUUCGCUGAGGGUGAGAGGCGGCUCUAGCUCGGGCACAGGCCCACUUUCGGCGAAUGUUUUCUUCACUCUGUUUGCGGAUAUUGAUCGGCCUUCAAAUGAUGAAAACCACCAGCCUUCAGGAUCAAUUCAGUCCGAUCAGUUUCUAGGCAUUGUAGUAGGUUGCGCUAUAAGCAUUUUGUGCAUAUUAUUGUGCACUGCUAGUUUGCUUUAUAAAAGGAGUUGUAGUAAAAACCAAGGGCAAAUUUCAACAAACGGCAAUGGUCAGUGUUCUUCCGAACUUGAAAUGCAAGCUCUUACACAGCUUGUCUCUAAGGGUAGUUUCCCAAAUGGUCAGGCCAACGGUAUGAAACACCCUUUGAUUAUUAACGGAGGGAUACCGAAUGGGAUAGUGAGAGAAAAAGGGGUCAGGAUAACUGAAAAUCCACAGAGGUUGGAAGGAGAGUGUGGAAGUAGUCGGACGACAGACGAAGGAGACAGCCUCCUGAGCGGGCCCGACCCGGAAAUGGACAACGAGGAGACCCACAUGACCACAAUCGGCUCCUCGUUCCUCAGCAAAGAGCUGCCGCCGGACGACGGAUUUCACGAGACUUCGAACCUAACGCCCAACUGGUAACGGCCGCAAUCACAAACCGGCAAAAGCAAUACAGCAAUACCACCGUCAAGUACAAAGAAAGUGAACAAAUGCGUUUAUAAUAGAAAGUCGACACACUAUUGCCUCUCUAUUAGUCUUAAAUGAUAGUUUUAAGUUGCGCUGUUCAAUUCGAACCAUCAGCAAACGUGAAGCUUCCCUAUGUUCUUCCUACAGUACUUUGUUAUUUGCUUCUUUUGUUUUAUUUAUUUUUUUCUUUUUCUUCGGAUUAAUGCGGGUAUAUUCAGUUCGAUUUUACAGCAUUGUUUUAAUUUUAUUUACGCGAUCAAUUUGUUCUAGUUUACUAGGUUUUAGAUUUUAUGACGAUUUAAAGUACAACACUUUUUUUUUUGUAAAUAGUUUUUCAAUUUUUUUUCUGAAGCAAUUUGUUCCUAUUACGGCAGAAUGCACUAUGUUAUACAGUUUAUCUUUUAAAAGAACAUUUUAGUUGUUUGUGUUGUUUUAGCCGCCUCAAUGUUUAGCAGGUUUUAAUUUUUUUUUUUUUUUUUUUUUUUUAAUACGUAGUAACUUUAGGCAAGUUAGAUUACUGCUGAUUCAAACAGAGUUAUUCAACUAUCAGUAAGUAAUCCAUAUACUUAAAUUUUCUUGUACCUGAUUAUUCUUUCCAUUAAAAGAGAAAAAAAUAAGAUUAUCGGAUUAUUUUUUAAAAAGUUGUACAAAAAAAGAAUUUGAUAUAAUAGAGAGUAAUGAACAUCCUUAGGAUUAACAUUGUUUCUAUUCAGUUUGUUUUAUUUCUCUAUUUUUGGUGGUAAAAAUAUUUCCACAACUUGUGAAUUUGAACAAUUGAAUAUAGCUGUUUUAAAUAUACAUUAGACUGAAUGAGAAAAUGUUAAUAAAAGGAACAAAACUUAAGUUUCUGCAAAUGCAAGAUGAUAUAUUCUUAUAAAAAUAUCGAGAAAAAGUUAAAUCUCAUGUCGGUAGCUUCCAAAUUUACUUAAAAACCACAUUUUGUCUUGACGUUGUUUUAUAUUACAAACAAAGAAACAACACAAAAUUAUUUUUUAAGAGAUCUAAAAAUGUUAAAUUGUUUUAUGAAAAUAUUUUUGAAAAUGUGAACGUUAUAAAUCAUGAGUAUUAGGUUUUUAUUGAGGCACUUUUACCGUGAAAGGCCCAAUUUUUAUUUGUAUAUCGUUUUUAAUGUUUUGAAUUUUAUGUGGUUUCCGUCCAAAUUGGCUAUCAGCGUUGGCAUGCUGAUGAGAACGAAAUUGCAUAAGUUAGUACAGGUUGUUUUUUGUAAGGAUAAAUCACAUUGCUAUAACAGUAUUGCUCAAUGAACGGAGAUAUUCCAGUCAUGAACGGUUCAUUCCUAAACAUACCUCAUUUUUAUUACUCGGCCAUCGCCAUUCCUUAUGUUACCUAUUUUCUGUCGCAUUGAGGAGAAAUCACAAUACCUCAGCUGCUGUGAUAAGUUCAGUCGGAUCGCCACAGUGCAUUACAGUUCCAAACGAAGCAAUAUAAAAUUCCGGUCUUCCAUAACGAAAAAUAAGUUGACUACAGAAUUUUUUUAAAAUUUCCAACAGUUUACUGUGGCCUUCCAUUUUAUUCUAGUUAAAAAAAAAGGCUUUUUUUUUAAUUCAUAGACACAUGCCGUUUUUCGAACCCCUCAGUUGCUUGUCUUGAGCAAGGACAAUUUGUAAAGAAAUCUCAGCCCGAUAAGAGUCAGUUUUGCAUGAGGGCUUUGUGAGAAUGCGUCGGUGAGCUAGGCUGCGACAGAUCUGAAAAUACAAAUAAUGCAAGUUACUAAGAACGACUGUGCUGUCAUGUGUAACAGAAAAUAUAUGUGAAAACCCAGCUACCUCAAUAAUUAACUAUUUGCUAUUAAGUGGACCUCUCAGGGAUUUGGUUGUAGCGAUUCGCCCAACUUUUUAAUCACUUUAAAGUGUUUGUAAAAUGUUCCAUGCACUAUUUAAAAAUGCAUGUCUUAUCGAAUAAUUAAUAAUAUUUAAAAUAUAAUGUUGAGAAAGUGUAUAUUAAAAAUAAGUUUUUUGUUUGUUUUUUUGUGCUGUUUUACGUCAAAUUCAACAAGGCUUUUAUGUGACAGUGUGAAGUACAAAUUACUCGGCCUACGUCAAUAAACAAUUCAGGGAUAAUAUGACUAAAAAUUUGGUCUAAUUUAAACAAGGGGUAUAAUUUUUUUAAAUAUCGCCUUUUUAUAAGCACAAUAAAUAAUUUUUAUUAGCUUAGAAAUGGUGUUCUAACAAGGAAAAGAAGCAGGGGGAGAAAACAAGAAAAAGUCACCAAAGAGCUAUAAAUUGAAAAUUAAUUGUAUAUAUAGUGUUUAAUAUAAUAUAUUUUCAGUCUAUGUGUGUAAACUUUUCUAGCUUAGAUAGAUUUAAUAGAUCCAAGAAAAUAAAACCUACAGGUCAUCUAGCUUGUCAUUAGGAAUUGCCUAAUGUGCCAGUGCGUUUUACACAAUGCCUUUUUGAAAAUUAAAAAAAAAAAAUCUAAUUGCUCAUUGCUUGUCGACACAAAUUUCAUUUCAUUUGGAACAAGCUGUGUUCAGUAUUUAAAAUAGAUGCCUAGACCGCUCAUUUAUGUUAAAAAGGAAACAAUUGCACACUUAAAGUUACAAGAAAAAUGACUGAAUUGUGUGCUAGCAUUGCCUUACAGUUUUGAAUUUGUUUUUCUUUUCAUUUCAUUUAUAAUUAUUUUUAUUAAGUAAAACAAGCAUUAUCACGACACUUUUGCUCAGUCUUAUAUUGCAUUUAUAUAAAUAUAUAAAAGUUUUUGAAUACAAAUUUAAAUUGUUAUGAAAUUGUAACAUAGCUUAUUUCAUCAUUAUAAUGUAUUUAUUAAUGUAAUAAUGUGGAAAAUAUACAAUUGCGAGUUUUUAAUGUUCUAUUAUUAAGUAAGAAAUGGGCGAAUCGCUUCAACUUUGUUAGUUUGUAAGUUUUAGGCCUUGUGUGAUGUGAGAUGAAUGUGCCAUAAUCUCAUGCCGUCAAAUGAAAAGGGCCUCUCUGAACCUCGGCACUCUUGAUAACGAUAUUUCAAAACACGAGUCCACUCCGUUUCCAUUCUGGAAUGCAUCAGAUUCUCUUUAUUUGUGAUUCGUUCGCAAUUGGGAAGACGUGUGUCUGCACAAAUGUCGUAACCUUGUACAAAAAAAAAAAAAAAAAAAAAAUUGGAAAAAUGGUGCCUUUGUUUAGAGUUUGUGUGGUAAAAUUCAAUAGUCGAUUUUUAGAAUUGUUGAUGUCAAGUCUGUAAGGGAAAAGCCUUUUCCUUUGUUCUUUGGGUUAGUUGAGAUGAAAAAAAAAAAAAA